GACUACAAGUUUGUCUUGUCUCGUAAGCAGCAAGAGCAACUGCAAAUGGCGUUGACUGAGAUACAUUUUUUGUGAAAAUACAUCCCCAAACGACGCUAUAUUUGGAUUUUUUUGAAUGAGCAGGCGCCCUCGUACAAGUCUAGGGUGGCUAUAGUUUGUUGGAACCAGCGUCAGUGUUGUUUUUGUGGUGGAAAUUAAACUUGUUGUACGCCAGUGUAAGUAACACGAGUUAGAUGACUGUGGCUCUAAACCAGCCCUCAACGGACGCUGUUAGGUUUGGUUGUGUGCCUAAAUGCAGUGGCAGACCAUGGCUUCUUAUUUAAUGGCAGUUAAACUUCCAUCUUCUGAUGAAUCAUGCAGAUAAAAAGUAAUGAGCUUCAACCUUCUUAUCGAAACAACACCUCCAGAGACCUACCAGCCUAUGACUGCAGGAUCAGACCCUCAGCCGGCAGAAUCUAGCACUGCGCCAAAAAUGCCUAGUCUUUCCUCUAUCCGGCACAUCCCCCAUAUCUUGGAUCAUAACUAUGGGCAGCCUCCUCCCAUGACCCCUCCUGAUUCAAACAGUCCAGGGCCUGAAGAUGGUGAUACCGGAAAUGAAGAUGAGGAGGAUGAUGGGGUUACACGGUGCAUUUGUGAGUUUGAUCAUGAUGAUGGUUACAUGAUUUGCUGUGACAAGUGCUGUGUGUGGCAGCACAUUGAAUGCAUGGGAAUAAGUUCAGAUGCCGUACCAGAGAACUACCUUUGUGAUCAAUGUCAACCAAGGACAUUAGAUAGAGAGCGGGCUAGGGCAAUUCAAGAGCGGAAAAGAGAGGAGCAAAGUGAUGACGAUGAUGAUGAUGACAGUGAAGAAGACAGGGACACACCAACAUACACAGCUGUCUCUAAUACACCGACAAGAAUCACUUUAACAGCGAAAGGCAGUCAGAAGAGAAAGCGUGGCCCCAACAAGAUCAAGGUGAAGGUUCCGGACAUUGUUCAUGUUGAAAACCAUGAGAAGGAGAAGAAACCUCGAAGAAGAAAGAGGCAAAAGCAGAAGCCUCCCCCUGGAUUUGUCUCUGUUGAUGAGGAAACCAGCGAGGCAUGGGAAAACAUGUGCAAUUCAUCUGAUCAUUAUGAAGAGUUGAAAGAAAAUAUCUACAGCAAGGAGCUUGAAAACCUAACCUUAAAUUCCAUACAGGAAAAUGGAUUGUUGCCCUCUGUUGCCAACAAUGAACAGUUAUGCAAAGUGGCUGAAGUUCAGAAAGGUAAAAAGGGUAUUGUGGCCACAGAGGACAUGGCCAAAGACAAAUUUAUCAUCCAAUGCAAGGGAAAACUAAUGCUUCUAUCCAAGUUUGAAUCAGAAAAUCCUUUCUUCAAAAGAUGCAGUCUCUAUGUCUUCUAUUACUCUGAAUUGGAACUUUGUGUUGAUGCAAGAACUCAAGGAAAUGAUGCAAGAUUUGCCAGGAGGUCUUGCACUCCAAACUCAGAGGUCAGGCACUUUUUCCUCAGUGGGAAGCUCUGCCUGGGAAUCUUCUCUGCCAGUACCAUACCUAGUGGAUCUGAAAUCACCAUUCCAUUUGAGUUUGGGUUUGAUGAGUACCAUAGUCUCAUAGACUGUGCUUGUGCUCAGGACAAUUGUGCUGUCAUGAAAUACAACCAUAAGUUGCAGAAUCAAAAUCACGAGAGUAAUAGUCAGAAAAGGUUCAAGGCGCAUGAUGACGAUAGCAACUCUGGGCCACCCCAAAAAUUGUCCCCUCUUGGAGCAUCUCUUGGUAACAGUCAGAGCUUGCAGGGUGAUAGUGACUCUGAUGCCGAGAACAACCCUGAAAAACGAGGCAAAAAAAGCAGAGAGGACAGAAAGCUGGAGGCAUAUUUGAGACAGUUUGAGAAAAUGGAGAAGAAAGAAAAACGCAAACAACAAACUCAGAAAGAACCAAAACAGGAGUUGAUCAGCCCAGUGAGUCAAGAAGUGCCGUUAAACAAGCUCAACAGCAAAAAUAUGAAAGUGAUGAGGCGGACCCUGAACAGGAAACGAACAGGAAGAAAGAGAGCAAGGCUGUCAAGUUGUUCGUCCGAACCUUUGUCCCCUGAUGAUCACAGUAGCACUGCUUCUACUCCUACUGCACAAGAACUGAGUUCUGUGACACCAUCUACAUCACCUAACAGAAGCUUUAAAUUUCUAAAGGACAGUAAACAGUAUUUGGAUGAAGAGAAGAGAGAGACUCUUACCAAAGAUACUUCUGUCUCUGUAAAGACUGAACCAGCAGACAUCAGUGAGGCCUCCACACCUAACUCUCCCAUUACGCCAAGAGAAGAAAAAGAGGCAAAACCUGUUGUUAUUAGUACUGCCAGUAGUACUACUGAUCAAAAUGCAACUGCAAUGCCUGACAAUGUCAGUGUAGUAUCUGAACAAGUUGUGCCUUUGGCUGCUGAUAUACCAUUGUGCACAUCAAACACAGCGGACAGUACUCAGCCCGCAAAAGAACUAAGUAAUUCACUCGCAGAAUGUGAGGUUGAGGUCAACGUGGCUGAGGACAGUGGAAGGAAUACUCCAAGUCCAUGUCCAUCAACCACAGGCUCCCCAACCAGCGCAGAGAGUGUAACAAGCAGUUACAGUGGUUCUGCUGCAGAGAGAGUAAGUCCAGGACCUGCUCCUGGGAGCCCUGUUGCCUCUGUCAGAUUUGGGCACAGGUCAACAAGAACAAAUCCAUUGUAUGGAUCUUUGAAGAAGAGGUGGCUGUUUCAGUACCUGUAUGGACAAAACUUAGUCAAUGAAAGACCUCCGAAUGGCUUCAAAAUAAACGUUAGCAGCCCCAUGAAUGUACCUUUGAAUGGUAAGACAAUUCCAUCCCCUCUGAGAAGAAAUGGGCUGCCAAAAAUUAUAGAUACUUUACCGCUGAAGAAAAGGCACUUGAAAAGAUACCGGGAGAUGUCGUCCGCAUCCGAGCAAACUGCAAAUUUAGGGAGAACUGUACCGACAGAGCCAGCGUGUGGCGAGCCUCUUAUUGUUAGCUCGCCCGUUGCGCUAGAACAGCAAGUGCAGAUUGUAUUAGCAGAUAGUGUGAACGAUUUACAACCACACAAAGGAGAGGCUCUAUCGGCUACAAAUGAACAAAUUCCUCUUAGAGAAGAACUUCUUUUAAAAGUGAACGUUUCAAAUGCGUCAAACAUUCUGGAGACUGCGAAUUCGACAGCUCUUUCAGAGAACAAUACACUUACGGUGGCAACGGGCGAGUCUGGUAUUUUGCAGAGAAGACCGAGCGAUCCUCGACUUGUAAAUAAUUCACCGGUUUCUAGUAUAGCUCCUGUCAUUUCACUGGGAUAUCCUCCGCCUGUGGUGACCUGCGCUGUUUCACCCGUGUCUGUUGCAGCAACGAUUCCUGGGCAACCUGUACUGCAGCUUUCACAGGGUAACGAUACAUCAGGAACGCCAGGAAAGAAAAAGGUUUCAUUGUUAGAAUAUCGCAAUCGAUCGCGGAACAGACUGUCAGUGGACACGCCGAGAACAUUACCAUCGCAGUCUGCUGGAGUGACUAGUGUAACUAAUGGGUCAUCUUCGUCAAGCUUAUCGCAUUUAGUCAUGAAAUCGCCAUCACUUCCGAAUCUCAGCUCACCAUCAACGACACCGUCCUUUGUCCAUCGACAGAUUUCUAGUAGUGGUGAAAUGAACGGGCCUCAUGUGGAGCCAGUUAGCCCAGACAUGGAAGAAAAGUCUACAGGUUCGGUCCAGCGAGUGGCGAAAAUUUCUAACAACGCUUAUGGAAGGGUGAGCACCUCUUCAAGAAGUUCGAUGUUUGGCGAAGUAGAUUCACGCCUUAAGAGAGAUAUUCAAACGAAACACGCGCAAGAGAAGCUGACUUCGUUUAUCGCGGAGCAACUGCAAAAAGGUUCGACUCAGAAAUCAUCCAAACCGCCCUCAGUGGUUGGUAGAUCACCUAGUACCAGCACCAGCAGCGAGUCUUCAAAUCCAGCAACGGAACUAACGGGUGACGCGAUGGAAAUCGAGGACGAGGAUAGCAAUUCAAACUCCAAUAUUUACGAGAACAAUCUGAUGGCAGCUCCUUCCUCUCACUCUCACUCGCAGCAUAUACCCCAUCGUCCUUCGCUUCUUUCACAGUUUGCUCAACCGAAUUAUAGAAUAAGUCACUCGCAGCAACCUAUGUACUUGGCAACAGCCGCGCCCCAGCUUACUUCUCCGUCGCAGCCACCGACGCGGCUACCAAGCAGUUCGCCUCAGUACCUAGUGACCAGCCCUUCAGCUCCAGCACACGUCCGUUUUCAACCUCCGUACCAAGCCGCGCCAUCACAGACGGCUGGUUUCUACCACCACUGAAUUUGGUCCUAGCGCCUAGAUUGCCCGGCUGACUAGAACACUGUUGUAGUUAAAUGAAAGCUGCUAUGUCAAAUAAUGUAUUUAGAGACUGGUUUAUUAUAAAUCUCAAGUUAAGUUUUGUCUAGAGCCAAGCUCUUUCUGAUCUAGGCGAACGCUUUUGCGUUCGUUCACUAUUCACAGACAAUUUAAGUUGCUGGUCUUGGAUUUGUGUGAAAGACGAUGUAAAGAAAAGUGCUAGUUAAACAAAUUGUAUUUAAAUUGGUGAUUUUUCGGUCAGUUUAGUCAGCGAGUGGUCAGGAUUUGUUGUUCCCGUAAUUCUCGAAUCAGCUGUGUUAAUGUUAGGUUUUACGAUCCAAUGCGACCGUUCGAUUGUGGUAUAAAGCCUGCAGAAAGUUGUUUUACAUUCUUACAUACAUCACUUUGUAUCAUAGCCCUCUGUGUAUCUUAAAAACUGUUAUUUUAGAUGGGAACCAAGAGUUAAUAAAGAUGUGUAUGGCUAACGCCGUUUCGUAA